AUGGAUUUUGAUCGCACACCGGCGGUUACCUCCCUUGCAGUGCUUCUCCUCUACUCUCUCUCAAAAAACAACCCUCAUCCCAAACCCCACGCGCUCUCCUUCCCCCUCUCUCUAUUAUUUCUUGUAGGACUAUCCUCCUCCUUUCACUUUCAUUUUACCUUUCACUUAACCUCUGUUACACACGUACGCACGCACGAUUACAUAAAGAAAGAGGUGGCAAGCACAUUAUACGCAACAGCCAUGUACCCAGUCCAGCCCAUGUAUCCGACGGACAGGCAUUUUGAUUUUGACAUUUGCAACCGCGCGUUCACGCCCCUGGACCACCCCCACUUGAGUUCACAUGAUCGGGUGGGACCACCGCCACCCCCAACUACACCACAGGGACCGCAGUCUCCACAUUCACAGCACUCUGGGGAUGGAAGCAACCAUCCAAUAUCAAAUAAGCCAUCAGCUGCAGGUGGCACUAAUAACAAUAGCAACAGCCACAACAAUAAUGGCAACAACAACAAUAAUAAUAGUGAAACCAGCAUGUGUUGGAAGCCAUUUUCUGAAUUACCUGGGAAAGGUGGCAGCCUAAAGAACUGCCACCUUAGUGUCCCAGGGGAUGAUGACAGCCUACAUGCUCCAAUGCAUCCUCAUACCCACAUGCACUCUCAUUCUCAUCUCCACGCUCAUUCCGGUAUGCACCCUCAACCCGGCAUGAUGGGUGGAGGUGGGGGUCGAGGGCGACCACGGGGCAGAGGAUCCAGCCAUCAGUCUGCAGCGGAGAAGACGUUCAACUGCUCGUUCUGCGAUAAAGCAUUUGCCCAGCGGGCAAACCUUCAUAUUCACGAGCGCUCGCACACAGGGGAGAAACCUUUUAAGUGCAGCUACUGUACUAAGGCAUUCACGCUAAAAGCAAACAUGAAGAUUCACGAGCGUGUACACACUGGAGAGAAACCUUUUACCUGCAGUUUUUGUCACAAGGGCUUCAGUCAGCGAGCCAACCUUGAUAUCCAUGAGAGGACCCACACAGGAGUCAAACCGUUCCAGUGCUCCUACUGUCCGAAAUCCUUUCCCCAGCGAGCCAAUCUAAACAUUCAUGAGCGAACACACACAGGAGAGAAACCCUUUGUGUGCAGCAUCUGCAAUAAGGGAUUCAGUCAACGAGCAAACCUAAAUAUCCAUGAACGUGUUCACACGGGUAUCAAACCGUACAAGUGUUCCGUGUGUGACAAGGCAUUCUCACUGCGAGCAAAUCUGCACAUUCAUGAGCGCGUCCACACAGGUGAGAAGCCAUUUUCAUGUUCAGUGUGCUCCAAGUCGUUCAGUCAGCGGGCUAACCUUGACAUUCACGAACGGACUCACUCCGGGGAGAAACCCUUCCAGUGCUCCUACUGCAGCAAGGCUUUUCCCCAGAGGGCUAACCUUGAUAUACAUGAGCGCACACACACCGGGGAGAAGCCGUACACCCCCACUCAUACACAAGCUUCCUCCUCUCCACACCCGCUGCCUUCCCCGACCCAUGGCCCCCAUCCUCACCCCCCACCAACUCCUCCAUCGCCUUCCCAGCAUCCUCCACCUCAUCAACAACCACUAACCCAUCCAACACCAACUGCCUCCUCCUCCAUCAUCCCACUCGGCUCCGCAGACUUCACACCACCCGUCCGCAGCUGCAGCAGCAGCUGCUCUACGAUUACAACCGCUAUCCAUCCCUUCAUCUUAUUCCCAUCAUCAAAUGAUGCAGCCAUGGGGUGGCAACUACAGCAGCUGGCCUCGUGGUUUAUCUGUGUCCUCUCGUUGGGGGUCCUCAGGCUGGGGACCUGGCAGUGGCUCUGGUCGGCAAAGUUCGUACACCUGUGA